GGGGAGGCUGACGUCAUCUGGUAUCAAAGUCCGGAGUUUGGUGCAGGUCGUCAGGAGGAGGCGGCGGAGUUUGAGCCGUUGCUCGGCACACGCAACCGCCAUUAGCGGCGACGGGGUUCAUCCUGCACUAUCUCCCUCCCCUCCAAACUAACCUAACGUGACCUCCCCCUCACGCUGAGCCGCUGUCCUUGGGGGAAACGAACGAACGAACGAACGACCGAGCACCGGGUCGGCGAACGGCGCUACGAAAAUGAUCAAGACUCACCAUCGCACGUCGUCCAAGUGCCUGGAGACGGUGGAGGUGAAGAGCAAGUUUGGGGCUGAAUUUCGUCGUUUUUCUCUGGAUCGAUCCAAACCUGGGAAGUUUGAAGAAUUUUAUGGAUUAUUGCAGCAUGUCCACAGAAUUCCAAAUGUUGAUGUUUUAGUUGGAUAUGCUGACAUUCAUGGAGACUUGUUACCAAUAAACAAUGAUGAUAACUAUUUAAAGGCAAUUAAGACUGCAAUGCCUUUGCUCAGAGUGUUUCUGCAAAGGAAAGAGGAUGCUGACUACAGUGCUUUUGGUACAGACACUUUAACGCGGAGAAAGAACGUCCUGUCAAACGUACUGCGUCCUGAUGUUAAUCGAAAAAAAUCCUCAAUUGCAAUCAGCUUGCCGCGUGACUUCCGUCCUGUGUCUUCAAUCAUUGAUGUGGAUAUUCUGCCAGAAACCCACCGAAGAGUGCGGCUGUACAAGCACGGGUCUGAUAAACCACUUGGAUUCUAUAUUCGCGAUGGCUCAAGUGUUCGAGUAACCCCCAAUGGACUUGAGAAAGUCCCUGGAAUUUUCAUUUCCAGAUUGGUGCAAGGGGGAUUGGCAGAAAGCACUGGUCUGCUAGCUGUAAAUGAUGAAGUUCUUGAGGUGAAUGGGAUUGAAGUGUCAGGAAAAAGUCUUGAUCAAGUGACUGAUAUGAUGAUAGCAAACAGCCAUAAUCUCAUCAUUACUGUGAAGCCAGCAAAUCAAAGGAAUAAUAUUGUGAGAAUCAGUCGGACUUCUGGUAGUUCAGGUCAGUCUACUGACAGUGGAACUAGCCACCUUGCUUAUAUGGCGUCUCCACACAUUGUGCAAAAUUUCCAUUCAGAAGACAUGGACAGUGAUGAAGAUACUGACAUUGUCAUUGAGGGCAGUGGUGAGCCACAACACAUUUCAGUGGCAACUUCUACCAGUGCUAGCAUAGCAUCGUUAACAAAAAAUGACCAUAAUCAUGGUGUAACUUCAAAUGGCUCUGUUGCUGGAGUUAAAGGAAACGUGUACAUGCCAUCAGGUCCCAUAAAAGCGGAUCCUGUUGAAAACGUGAACAGGCAAAGCAUUGAGGAGGAUGGCACUGUUAUUACACUCUAGGUUUCUUGAUCUGCACUUACAGGUGCCAGUGUUUUGUUUAAAGUUUGCCUGUUGUACAGUAGCACUAUCAUUGUAAAUUACUCACUUUUAUGAAAUGAGCUUCAUAAUCUAUCGAGUUAAUAUCACCAGAAGUAUAGACUUAAGUGGACAGGGUAGUAAGAGUUUCACUGGCUGGGCUCAUUCCUUGUGUAUAUUUUUUUUACAAAUGGAAAUUUAAAAAAAAAAACCCCACUUUUAGAAAAGAGAAACAGAACCACUACUUCCCAAACAGAUAUAACAAAGAAAAGAAUGAACUGGUAUUGUUCCUACCUAUAGGCAAAAAUAUAUUUUAAUUGCUAUUAAAGUAGAUUGGGAUAGCUGUAAACGGUAGUUAUUGGAAGUGGUGGUCUACAAAAUGUUCUUUACAGAUUGUAAACUUUUUCAAAAAUGACUAUUAAUCACACUCGACACUUCUCGUGUGUUUUUAUUUCCCUAAUUUAGAAGACUUUGUUGCAUGUCUGCAUGCAAUUGGUAAGGUAUCAUUAGGCACUUUUUUAUAAGAAGCAUGCAUUAACAACAAAAUGGGAUUAAGUAUAAUUAUAACCCUUUUUCUAUAAUUAUAUAGUUGCUAUUUAAUUCCUUUAUAAAAUGCAUGUUGCAGAGACUGCACAAAAUCUGUUCUUUCGGGCUUUUGUCUUUUAACUAGUCUGGAUUAAGUAUACUGCUCAAGUUAAAUGAACAAUACAUUUAACAAAUGCUCAAAGACAAACUGAAGUAAUAACAGUACAUGUGUAUAACUAACUCAAUAAAAUUCAUAGGAAUUCAGGAAUUCCUGAUAGUAAAAUUUUAAUAUUAAUUACCAGAAUAUUCCUAGCUGAUUAUUCUUUUCUAAACACAAGAAAUUGUCUGCCGAGCUGCUGUAUUUAUGAACCUGGGAAUUUAUUCGGGACAUGAAUUUAAGUGCCGGUGCUCGUACACAUUGUGUAAUUCUUCUGCCUUGUCCAAGCAUCAUAACAGUGAAAACCAAACAGACCUAUUGGUGAUCUGAAUUAGCUCCAUCAAAGAACAAGUACAGGCAUACAAGGUCCACUUGUCUUCUCUUUUGAAAACAUGUUGGGUGGUUGCAAUGCUGGCAGAAAUUACCUCUUGCUUAAAGGUCAAACAGACCAUAUCCUCAACAAAUAUUUUCUGAAAAGGGCUAGGAUAUUCCUUUUGGGAUAGGUGUGUAUUCUAAAUGGUAAAGACGUGAUGUAUUUUGAUUGCUUAAGGGAUGAAAAUCUGUCAAUCCAGCUGUGGGUCUGGAGCACAUUUUUUGUAAUAUGAGACAUAUUCCCUGAUAUCCCAUAUUAUUCCAGGCCUCAAACGCUACAUUCUGCCAGUUAUUACGUGUCGCCCUUAUUGUCCUACUAAAAUUAUCUCUUACUACCUCAACAAUAUAACUAGUAGCUGAUAAACACCCACGGUCGUGAUAUCUCCAAAUCACUGCAUUUGCAUCAAUUCUGUCUGUCCAAAGCUCAACCCCGUUGUCCUAUCUUCGGCACCUUUAAAAUCAGAUUUUUAAAAAAAAAUAAUGGACAGUGGGAUUUGCACUUUGAACUGGAAAAUUGUGAAGUUCCCAACCCUGCCUCUAUAAAACAACAUAAUUAACUUAUAAGCAGGUAUAAAAACUGUCUUGUAAAACCCUAUUCAUCUUGUUUAACUAAAUUAAUUUGGGAGGCCUUGUUUAAAACAAAAUAAUAGUAAAAAUAACGGAAUAAAAUACUUAAAAAAAGAAAAAAAAAGUUAAACUUUCUGGUUUGACUGAAGCCGUGGUUCCAAAAGGUUGGUUCCCCAUCCUUUACUUAUCCAAUCCCCUGAGUGUUCAAGUUGCCAGGGUUUUCUUUUUAAUAUUCUGGGUAUGUCUAGGUGCCUCAUCAAGCUCAAAAGCUAAUGAAUUUUUUUUUAACCCCAAUUAUUUAAGGAAGAGUUUUAUGGUACUUCUGAGGUUUUUUAAGUUCCUUAACUUAUUGAUUCAUGCCUGCAUAUAUAUAUAUAUAUUU